GUGAUGGUCGCCCCCUUCACCCCCACUCGUUCUCCAGAGGGAGCUCCCACUCCGACUUGGGCAGGGGUGAGGAUUCUGAGGGACUGGGUGGAAGAAUGAGUCGAUUGCCUCGGAGACGGAAGAAGCUCCUAGUUAGGAUGUUUCCCCUAUGAGUACUGUCUGGCAAUUCUGCAGCCUCGUCCGAACUGAGGAAGCCAUCUUGUCCCUCUGUCUCCGUUUUGAAUCGUGUCUCCAUCUGUGUCGGUGUGUCUGUAUUAUCGUUGUCUGGAGUUUUGUUUUUUUUUUGUCACUGCCUGCCAGGGCCUUAGAUUCCAUCCUCGGUUUCCCUGUCCUCAUUGCCCCAGGCCCUGGGAGUGCUCUGGAAGGCUGCGCUGUAUUGAAGGGACAGAAUGACCUUCCGGCCCUGAGUCCCCGGCAGCAGCUGCGAAUGGGCGAGCCGAUAUUGCUUGACGCGCGGGAAAAGGAGGAGUUUGAGGCCGGUGGCGGCGGUGGCGACAGCAUCGACCCGGGGAUAGAGCUGGAGGGACCUGGGGAGCGUGCAGAGACCUCUAGGUCGAGCGUGAGGGACCUCCCGCCGGGAUGCCUGGGGAGCAGAUGGACCCUACUGGAAGUCAGCUGGAUUCGGAUUUCUCUCAGCAAGACACUCCUUGCCUGAUAAUCGAAGAUUCUCAACCUGAAAGCCAGGUUCUAGAAGAUGAUUCUGGUUCUCACUUCAGUAUGCUAUCUCGACAUCUUCCUAAUUUACAGACACACAAAGAGAACCCCACGUUGGAUGUUGUGUCUAAUCCUGAACAACCAGCUGGAGAAGAACAAGGAGACAGUAAUAGGGGGUUCAAUGAACAUCUGAAAGAAAACAAAGCUGCAGACCCUAUGGAUUCUUCUCAUUUGGAUACAUGUGGUUCUAUGAGUCAGGUCAUUGAACAGUUACCUCAGCCAAACAGGAGAAGCAGUAUUUUGGGACUGUCAGUGGAACCCACUCUUCCUGUGGGGGAAGAGGAGGAAGAAGAGGUGGAAGAGAAGGAGAAAGGGAAAAAAGAAGAAGAUACUUCAGAUGGUACCACACACUCUGUUGGUGCUGAAGAUCCUGCCUCAUCACAGUUGGAUUUUGGGGUUCUAGCACUUUCCCAGAGCCAGGAUGUUGAGGAACAUACUACUGUGCCAUGUGAAGUAGACAAAGAGCCUCUACAGUCAGUAACCACCAACUCUGGUUUUACUAGGAUCUCUCAUGUGGAUGCUGAUACUGCAAGUAAGCAUGAAGAGCAGGCCGGUGGAGAUACCCCCACUGCAGAACGGCCCAGCAAGGAUGCCCCUGUGGUAGGAGAACAGAAUCCGUCACCUGCAAGGUCAGAGGACAUGCCUCCUAGUCCCAAAGUACCUUUAACUGCUGUGGAAACAAAAGAACAAAUACCUGCUCAAGAACUUCUGGAAGGUGGACUGCAGAUUCAGAAGUCACCAGAGCCUGAGGUUUUAUCAACUCAGGAAGACUUGUUUGACCAGAGCAAUAAAACAGUAACUUCUGAUGGUUGCUCUACUCCUUCAAGGGAAGAAGGUGGGUGUUCUCUAGUUUCCACACCUGCCACCACUCUGCAUCUCCUGCAGCUCUCUGGUCAGAGGUCCCUUGUUCAGGAGAGUCUUUCCACGAAUUCCUCAGAUCUUGUUGCUCCUUCCCCUGAUGCUUUCCGAUCUACCCCUUUUAUCGUUCCUAGUAGUCCCACAGAGCAAGAAGGGAGAAAAGAUGAGCCGAUGGAUAUGUCAGUAUUAUCUGAAGAAGGAAGAGAGUCUUUUCAGAGGAAACUCAAAGAUGAUGAACCAGUGGAGAUAGAAAACCUCCAUGUCCCACCUGAGCCUGCUAUAACCCCGCAAGCCUCAACACCAGUGUCUCAGAGCACACCAGUCUUUACUCCUGGGUCACUGCCUAUCCCAUCCCAGCCUGAGUUUUCUCAUGACAUUUUCAUUCCAUCUCCCAGUUUGGAAGAACGAUCAAAUGACGGGAAGAAAGGUGGAAAUUUGCAUAGUUCAUCUUUGACUGUUGAGUGUUCUAAAACUUCAGAGAUUGAACCAAAGAAUUCCACUGAGGAUCUUGGGCUGUCUUUGACAGGGGAUUCUUGUAAGUUGUUGCUUUCUGCAAGUGAGUGUAGUCAGUCACCAAAGAUGGAGAGCUUGACUUCUCACAGGACUGAGGAAGAUGGAGAAAACACACAAAUUGUGGAUACGGAACCCGUGUCUUCAGUUCUCAAUUCUAAACUUGUUCCUGCUGCUGAAAAUGACAGUAUCUUGAUUAAUCCAGCACAAGAUGGCCAAGUAGAACUGAAUCAGAAUGCUGACGAAAUAAAGGGGGAUGACACAGAAACCAGAGAUGACUUUAGUAUUUUAGCUGCUGAUUGCAAAGGCAGAGAAGAGACGAUAGCAGAAGACGUUUGUAUAGAUCUGACUUGUGAUUCAGGGAGUCAGGCAGUUCCUUCUCCUGCUACUCGAUCUGAGGCACUUUCUAGUGUGUUAGAUCAGGAGGAAGCUAUGGAAAUUAAAGAGCAUCAUCCAGAGGAAGGGUCUUCAGGGUCUGAGGUAGAAGAAAUCCCUGAGACUCCUUGUGAAAGUCAAGGAGAGGAGCUGAAAGAAGAAAAUAUGGAGAGUGUCCCAUUACACCUUUCUCUGACCAAAACUCAGUCCCAAGCUCUCUCUCUUCCAAAGGAAAGCCCAAAACAAGAAUGCCAGGAAGCUAUGGAAGUUGAAACCAGUGUGAUUAGUAUUGAUUCCCCCCAAAAGCUUCCAGUGCUUGACCAAGAAUUGGAACAUAAGGAUCAAGAAGCCUGGGAAGAAGCUACAUCAGAGGACUCCAGUGUUGUCAUUGUAGAUGUGAAGGAACCAUCUCCCAGAAUUGAUGUUUCUUCUGAACCUUUAGAGGGAGUGGAGAAAUGCUCUGAUUCUCAGUUGUGGGAGGAUGAUGCUCCAGAAAUAGAACCAUGUGCUGAGAAUAGAGUUGAUACCCAGGAAGAAAAGAGUGCCGAAGAUGAAGGAGCUCUGAAAUCAGUGACUGCAGAAAAGGAACCUGUGGCAGCUGACUCUCCAGAGCCUCCCUUGACUUUAGUGAGAGCAGACGAUACUCCAAAGCCUGACCAGCAGAUGCAGCGGAGCCAACCUCAAGAGAAAACAGAUAACUCAUCACCAGAAGACUCAAAAAUGGCUAAUGCUAAGCAGCUUGGCUUAGGUGUGGAGGCUCAACAACUGGAGAAGGCCUCUGUCCACACCUCACAAAGCUUCUGUGAAAGCUCUAGUGAAACUCCAUUUCAUUUCAGUUUGCCUAAAGAAGGUGAUAUAAUUCCACCACUGACUGGCGCAACUCCACCUCUUACUGGGCACCUAAAAUUGGAGCCCAGGAGACACAGCACUCCUAUUGAUAUUAGCAACUAUCCAGAAAGCACCACGGCAACCAGUGAUGUCAUGUCUGAAAGCAUGGUGGAGACAAAUGAUCCCAUACUUGGGAAUGAAAAAGGAGAUUCUGGGGCUGCCCCAGAAAUGGAUGAUAAAUUGUGUCUAAGAAUGAAACUGGUCAGUCCUGAGACUGAGGCUAGUGAAGAGUCUUUGCAAUUUAGUCUGGAAAAGCCUGCAAUUGGUGGAAGACAAAAUGAAUCUACUGCUGUUGCUGAGGCUGUUGCCAGUCCACAGAAGUCCAUGCCUUUGCUUAGCUGUGAAGCCCGGCAAGCAGAUGAGGCUCGAAGUCAGGAUUCCCGCUCUGCACCCAUUAGGGGGAACUUACACCAUUUUCCAAGUACUCAAAAUGAAGAAGAGAAGGAAAAAUUGGAAGGUGACCAAAGGACCAGGCAGCACCAAGAGCCUGUGAAGCCCAGUAGCCCUGUCAAAGAGCCUGCUUCUCCUGCAUCCCAGCAGAUGGCCACACAGGGGCUGUCCAGUCUUCAAGGGGAAGCAAUGGAGAUAGAUGUUCUCGAAGGCCAGAAAGAAGGAUGGACUAUCAAUCAGGAAAAACCUAGGAAGGCCUUGCUUGAAAGGCCCAGCCAAAAUGAUGUAGGAAUCCAGACCGUAGAAUGUUCCCUAUGGGUUCCAGAAACUGUUUCAGCAGCAACCCAGACUGUAAAGAAUGUGUGUGAACAGGGGACCAGUACUGUGGACCAGAACUCUGGAAAACGAGAUGCCGCAGUUCAGACUGAGAAGGGGCCUGGGGAGAAACCAGUCAGCGCUCCUGGGGAUGAUACUGAGUCACUCCACAGCCAGGGAGAGGAAGAGUUCGAUAUGCCUCAGCCUCCACGUGGCCAUGUCUUGCAUCGCCACAUGAGAACAAUCCAUGAGGUUCGCACGCUUGUUACUCGUGUGAUCACAGAUGUAUAUUAUGUGGAUGGAACAGAAGUAGAAAGAAAAGUAACUGAGGAGACUGAAGAGCCAGUUGUAGAGUGUCGGGAGUGUGAAUCUGAAAUUUCCCCUUCAAAGACUGGAGGCUCCUCAGGUGACCUGGGGGAUAUCAGCUCCUUUUCCUCCAAGGCAUCCAGCUUACAUCGGACGUCAAGUGGGACGAGUCUCUCAGCCAUGCACAGCAGUGGCAGCUCAGGGAGAGGAGCCGGACCACUCAAAGGGAAAACCAGCGGGACAGAACCCGCAGAUUUUGCCUUGCCCAGCUCCCGCGGAGGCCCAGGAAAACCGAGAGAAACAGCUGUGCCUGGCCCCUUGGGCAUAGAGGACAUCUCACCUAGCAUAUCGCCAGACGAUAAAUCCUUCACCCGUAUUGUGCCCCGAAUGCCAGAAUCCACCAGACGAGCAGACGUGGGUGCUGGUGCUUUGCGUCGAAGUGACUCCCCAGAGAUUCCUUUCCAGGCGGCUGCAGGCCCUUCCGAUGGCUUAGAUGCCUCCUCUCCAGGGAACAGCUUUGUAGGGCUCCGUGUUGUAGCCAAGUGGUCAUCCAACGGCUAUUUUUACUCUGGGAAAAUCACACGAGAUGUUGGAGCUGGGAAGUAUAAGUUGCUCUUUGAUGAUGGGUACGAGUGUGAUGUGUUGGGCAAAGACAUUCUGCUGUGUGACCCCAUCCCGCUGGACACGGAAGUGACCGCCCUCUCGGAGGAUGAGUAUUUCAGUGCAGGAGUGGUGAAAGGGCAUCGGAAGGAGUCUGGAGAGCUGUACUACAGCAUUGAAAAAGAAGGCCAAAGGAAGUGGUAUAAGCGAAUGGCUGUCAUCCUGUCCCUGGAGCAAGGAAACAGACUGAGAGAGCAGUACGGCCUUGGCCCGUAUGAGGCAGUCACGCCGCUCACCAAAGCAGCAGAUAUCAGCUUAGACAAUUUGGUGGAAGGGAAACGGAAGCGGCGCAGUAACAUCAGCUCUCCUGCCACCGCCACUGCCUCCAGCAGCUGCAGUACAACCCCGGCCCGGAAGGUCACAGAAAGCUCUCGUGCUUCCACGGGAGUUCUCUCAGGCAAAAGAAAACUUGUCUCUUCUGAAGAGGAGCGGUCCCCUGCUAAGAGAGGCCGGAAGUCUGCCACUGUGAAACCUGGUGCGGCGGGGGCAGGGGAGUUUGUGAGCCCGUGUGAGAGUGGAGACAACGUGGGUGAACCCGCCGCCUUGGAAGAACAGACAGGGCCUUUGCCCCUCAACAAGACCUUGUUUCUUGGCUAUGCCUUUCUCCUCACCAUGGCCACAACCAGUGACAAGAUGGUCAGCCGCUCCAAACUGCCCGAUGGCCCUUCCGGAAGCAGUGAGGAAGAGGAGGAAUUUUUAGAAAUUCCUCCUUUCAACAAGCAGUACACAGAAUCCCAGCUUCGAGCAGGAGCUGGCUAUAUUCUCGAAGACUUCAAUGAAGCUCAGUGUAACACGGCCUACCAGUGUCUCCUGAUUGCAGAUCAGCAUUGUCGAACCCGGAAAUACUUCCUGUGCCUUGCCAGUGGGAUCCCUUGUGUGUCUCAUGUCUGGGUCCAUGACAGUUGCCAUGCCAACCAGCUCCAGAAUUACCGCAAUUAUCUGCUGCCAGCUGGGUAUAGCCUUGAGGAGCAAAGAAUUCUGGAUUGGCAACCCCGUGAAAACCCUUUCCAGAACCUGAAGGUACUCUUGGUAUCAGACCAACAGCAGAACUUCCUGGAGCUCUGGUCUGAGAUCCUCAUGACUGGGGGGGCAGCCUCCGUGAAGCAGCACCAUUCAAGUGCCCAUAACAAAGAUAUUGCUUUAGGGGUAUUUGACGUGGUGGUGACGGACCCCUCGUGCCCCGCCUCGGUGCUGAAGUGUGCCGAAGCAUUGCAGCUGCCUGUCGUGUCACAAGAGUGGGUGAUCCAGUGCCUCAUUGUUGGGGACAGAGUUGGAUUCAAGCAGCAUCCAAAAUAUAAACAUGAUUAUAUUUCUCACUAAGGAUACUUGUUCUUACCCGUUUUAUUCCUUGC